UCAGGCGGUCUAGACAGAAAGAGAAUUUAUGGGAACCUUGAUGCCUGACUGCCUUGAUACCUAAGAUAACACAUCACGUGUGAAAGUGCGUCUCCACUUCCCCACCCAGCUAGUGCGAGAAACCUGUAAAGACUAAUUACCACUCGCCUCUUGUCCUCAUCAUCAUCACAUCCCCGAUGCCCUGACAUCUACUCUUCCAUACGUAUCAAAGUAGGUUUGAACUCUUUCCUUGUUACGCUGGCACUGUUUACUGUAAGCACGGUAACUUGUCCAUUAUCAUGUCGCACACUCCAGACAGCCAGCAGCAGUAUCAACGUGAGGCCGACAUCAUUGACCGACAUCUGCCUGAAGGGUAUACUGCACAGCCUGAUGCUGUUGACUAUGCUUACCGUGGAUCACGUUCAAAUACACAAAGCCCGGGACCCCAGGAGCUCAAUAAUGCUUCCGGAGAAUCAUCCUUGAGAUUGCAAGGGGGCGAUAUUCACCGUGACUUGUACAAAAUCAAAGCGCGCGCUGCAACUCCACGGAGAGCCCAGACUUUCUCUCAUGCUGCUAGCCCACGGCUGGGACCUAUCAAUCAACCGUCUGUGCAGGAUCAACUGGAGCCAGGUGGUUUUCGGAGGCAAUAUGUACAGCAACGGCAGGGCCUUUCGCGUCUGUCUAGUGUCGCUACUAACCCAGUCACGAAGAACUUCGUCUCAUUUCUGGAGCUAUAUGGCAGCUUUGCUGGAGAAGACCUUGCAGAUACCGAUUCGGAGUCCGAUGAAGAGUCGGCCGUGGACGAGGCUGAUUCCCCAAGCGAGACACGACCAUUGCUGAGACGUCAGAAAAGUUCCAAAAGAUUCAAGAGAGAAGGGGAUGCUGGCGAUGUCAAGACAUUUUUCACCCUGUUGAAGGCUUUUGUUGGUACUGGCAUCAUGUUUCUCCCCAAAGCGUUUCGAAACGGCGGAAUUCUCUUCUCGAGCAUCACAUUGAUCGCUGUUUCUAUCAUCACAAGCAUUUGCUUUCGGCUGCUGCUUCAAUGUAGGAAGCGGUUUGGUGGAGGUUACGGCGAGCUUGGAGAAUCGAUCGUCGGUCCAGCAUUCCGAAAGUUGAUCCUCGCAUCCAUCACGCUAUCGCAGCUUGGUUUCGUCUGCGCAGGUCUUAUUUUCACUGCCGAAAACUUGUUCUCCUUCCUCAACGCAGUCACGAAAGGAAAAUCGACACCGCUUGGGAUUAAUGCUCUAAUAGCUAUACAACUUGUGCUACUUAUCCCACUCGCGCUUAUCCGGAACAUUUCAAAACUUGGUCCUGCAGCCCUCUUGGCUGAUGUUUUCAUCUUGAUCGGCCUCACGUAUAUCUGGUACUUUGAUAUUGCCCACUUGGCACAACAUGGCAUGCAUCCGACCGUGGAACUAUUCAAUCCAUCUAGCUUCACUCUUACAAUUGGCUCCGCAAUUUUCACUUUCGAAGGGAUUGGACUGAUCUUGCCAAUACAAUCCAGUAUGAAGAAUCCUGAGCACUUCAGCUACCUGCUGUAUCUCGUCAUGCUUAUCAUCACCGUCAUCUUCACCUCCGUCGGUGUGCUGUGUUACGCUACUUUUGGAGACCAAACAAAGAUUCAAAUCAUAUCCAACUUCCCGCAGACUGAUAAGCUUGUCAAUGCUGUUCAAUUCCUAUACUCGAUGGCGGUUCUUGUAGGUGGACCAGUCCAACUUUUUCCCGCGGUGCGCAUUAUUGAGCAGAAGAUCUUUGGCGAUCGUGCCUCUGGGAAGAAAAGCGCAACUGUCAAGUGGAAAAAGAAUGCACUUCGGUCUGGGAUGAUCAGUAUCUGCGCAGUUGUUGCGUUGCUUGGUGCUACGGACUUGGACAAGUUCGUUGCAUUGAUAGGAAGCUUCGCGUGCGUACCGCUGGUGUAUAUCUACCCAGCUUAUCUACAUUACAAGGGUGUGGCUUCAAGCCGCCAUGAGCGAUACUUAGACAUCGGCCUGAUGACGCUCGGUGUAGUAGCAAUGGCUUAUACUACAAUAGUGACGGUCGCCCAGUGGAUUGGGGCAUGAUCAAGCCCGAUCGCGCUCAUCUAGCCAUAGAAAGAGCUGCUGGCUCUUUGUAGUCACGUCGAGUUGGGGGGGACAAGGAGACAUUGUGCCUACGCGCACCAAAAGCAUCGGCUUUUCUUCUUGUCGGACGACGGAGUCAUCGAGGAGAAUCUUAUUCUUUCAA